AUGGCGAGAAUCACUGACGAUGCCGGCGAAAAAUCUGGGAAUGUACCACGUCCACGGUCCUACUCUGAAAAUGAUGCUGCAUACAAUGGACUCCGGACUAGUUAUCGUUCUUCUGGCGAAUUUCGUGGUCUUGCCUUUCUUGAAUUUGAAACUAGUAGUGCUGCUCAUGCCGCACUGACUGCCUACCGUAUUUCAUCUGAAGCCCCUUCGAUAAAAUCUGGCUUGGAGUAUGAGUCUCAUUCUCAGACAAAUCGAUUUCAUCGGCAACACAUGAAAUACAAGCAACACACUAAACAGCCAAUUGAUUCUCCACAUCAGGUCCUGAUAACAGAACAUAGGUCAGAAGCAACCACAAGCCAAACAAACAUUUGUGCUAAUUAG